ACCUAGGAACUUUGAUAUACACUACGUUUAUUAUACUAUUCUAGGAACUUUGAUAUACAUCACGUUUAUUACAUUGCCCCUAUAAUGUGUGGGUUUACAAAGCUUGCAUGGGUUUUGGUGUUUUUGAUAUGUCUAAACAUUUGUGGCGAUGGAGGGGUCAUGGCCUUUCACAAUAAUUACGAAACUCAAACUCGUAAUCAUGUGAAGGUAAAACAAGUAUACAGAACUGGUUAUCAUCUCCAACCCAAGAAAAACUGGAUUAAUGAUCCAACUGGACCAAUGUAUUACAAAGGAUACUAUCAUAUAUUCUAUCAAUACAACCCUAAAGGUGCGAUAUGGGGAAACAUUGUGUGGGCUCAUUCGGUGUCAAAAGAUAUGGUUAAUUGGAUACAUCUUGAACCAGCAAUUGUGCCAUCAAAACCUUAUGACAAAUAUGGGUGUUGGUCUGGAUCCGCUACAGUCUUGCCAGGGGAUAAACCGGUAAUCUUUUAUACAGGGAUCGUUGACCCGAAACCUUCACCUGGUCAUCAAGUCCAGGUCUACGCUAUACCCGCCAAUUACUCAGACCCCUACCUAAGAGAAUGGAUCAAACCUGAUGACAACCCUUUCUUAAAGCCCACAAGUGAGAACAUUUCGGCUUUUCGUGACCCCACAACUGCAUGGUACAACAAUGGUCAUUGGAAGAUGAUUAUUGGUAGUAGACAUAACCAUAGAGGAAUUGCUUAUUUAUACCGAAGUCGAGAUUUUGUUACAUGGGUCAAGGCAAAACAUCCGUUUCAUAGUAAACGUGAUACGGGUAUGUGGGAAUGCCCUGACUUUUACCCGGUAGCAUCUAAAGGAACAAAUGGGUUAGACACAUCAACAUUGGGUAAGGGUGUUAAAUAUGUUCUUAAAAACAGCAUUGAAGUGACUAGGUACGAAUAUUAUACCAUCGGGAGGUAUGACCUCAUUAAAGAUAUAUAUGUUCCAUACAAUACAACUGAAGAUGGUUGGGGCGGAUUAAGAUACGACUAUGGAAACUUUUAUGCCUCAAAGUCAUUUUAUGACCCGAGCACGAAAAGGAGGAUUCUCUGGGGUUGGGCAAAUGAAUCAAGCACUCAAAAUGAAGAUAUUGAAAAGGGAUGGGCUGGAAUUCAGUUGAUUCCACGAAAGGUAUGGUUGGAUCCAAGCGGGCAAAUGCUGUUACAAUGGCCAAUUUCUGAACUGGAAACACUAAGGCGUAAAAAAGUGGAGCUAAACAACGUGAUUGUUAAAAAGGGGAAUAUCGUUGAAGUGAAAGGACUCAUAGCAGUACAGGCGGACGUUGACGUUACAUUUACAUUUUCAAGUUUGGAAAAAGCUGAGUUGUAUGACGAAAGUUGGGCUGAAUUCCCACAUCAUGAUCUUGGUAAAAGUAUAUGUGGGGUUAGGGGUGCAACGGUUCAAGGUGGGCUCGGGCCAUUUGGUCUCAUGACCCUCGCUUCACACAACCUUGAAGAGUAUACGCCUGUAUUUUUUAGAGUUUUUAAAACUAUCAACAAGAAACAUAAAGUUCUCUUAUGUUCUGAUGCCACUCCUUCCUCACUGAACCCAAAGGAAUACAAACCAUCAUUUGGAGGCUUUGUGGAUGUUGACUUAUCAGAAAAGAAGCUUUCACUUAGGAGUUUGAUUGAUCAUUCAGUUGUAGAAAGCUUUGCAGAAGGAGGAAAGACGGUUAUUACAUCAAGGGUAUAUCCAACAUUAGCUGUUAUUCGUAACGUUCAUUUGCAUGUAUUUAACAAUGGAUAUGAACCCAUCACCAUCAAGAAGCUGAAUGCAUGGUCUAUGAAGACAGCAAAGACAACUAGUAUCAAUUAGACCUUGUUAGUUUUACUAGAGUAUGUAAUAAAAUGGUUUGUUGUUAGUUAUCAUUAUUUUUUAUUUAAGUA